CACGAAGCUCACUGCGAAGGCAUCGGCAGCCGAUUUAUCCAAUUGGAAUACUACUCAAGGAUGCAGCAACAGAUAACUAGAGGAUCAGCUUUAUUAGCGGAUUCAUUACGUGCCCGAUGGCCGCCACCUGCACAUUUGCGAGGGUCGCGCAAGCCGCUGCCUAUAAGAAGGGCAUUUGCUAAGGAUGCACAGUCGAUCCCGGGGGACAGCAGCGCUCAGGGCAGUCCUGCGGCCCCAGCCGCUGUCCCCGUAAUUGAGGCUACAGUGUUGGAGCCGGGGACUGCCCCAACGGAUUCUGAUGUUGCGACCAGCGGGUCAGACCAAACAGAAGCUCUGGAGCACCCAGACUACCCCGAGGUCCCCGCCGCCACCAACCGUGCGGCCGCACUGCAGUACGGCGUGCUGGGUGCUGUGUAUGCCGUUACGAGUGGAGCGCUGGCCACCGCUGCCCUGCAAGCUCCUGCGGCCCUUGGAGUCCCCGGGGGUGACCCAUGGGUCAGUACCCUGCUGGGCUGCUUGGCGGCCACCUACCUGCGGGUGGCGGGGGUAUGUCUGCACCUCAAGGGGGCUGGAGACAACGAAGAGCUGCUGUGUUGGCGGCACCAGCGGCUGGCCAUGAUGGCGGCGGUGUACGGCAUUGCGGCUGCACUGUCACAGGCGGCUGGGGUUGCAUCGCUGCAACUGGCGGGGCUGCAGGUGUUGCUGUCCGCCGCCACUGCCGCGGUGGUUGUCCAUGUGGCCCGCAGCAGCUGGGCUGUACGGCCCUUCGUGGUGACGGUGUGGGAGAAAGCUGGGGGCUCCUGGGGCGGUCUGCUGGGUGAGCUGGCGCAGGCGGGGCUCAGUGCGGUGUCUACGGUGGCCGGGGUUGUGCUGCUGGCGCUCACAGUGAUGUCGUUGUACGGCUUCGCCGCCGUCGUGCUAUCCCCAUCGCCGGCGCCACCGGCCCCGCUGGGCUCCUGGCCGGGUCAAGUAGAGGCGCUGGGGCCGGCAGCUACUGGCCUUCGGCAGCUGGCGGGUGUGGGGUUGCUCCUGGCGGCGGCGCAAGCACACGCGCUGCUGGACUUUGCGGACCAUGUGAGGAGGGGACCGCAGCCAGGGGAUUUGGAGGCGCUCAAGCGCCUUAUGGUCGAGUACUUGGUGCGGACGAAGGACGGAUUGCACAAGUAUUACCUGCCGGGCCCCUGGACGUUCAACGCCCUCAACGCGUCCUUCGUGGCGGCAGCCGCGCUGCAGGCGUUCUUCAUGCUGCGCGCACCAGGCUUGGGCGUGGAUGUCAACUGGGACGGCGCGCUGUGGGGCCCUAUGUAUGGCACGUGCGCUCUGACGAUGGUGUACGCCUUGGUGGUGCUGCUGACGUUUGACUGGCGCUCGUUUUCAGACUUUGUCAUGGGGUUCUUUGUUUGGGCGGGCAAUAUGGUGCUGGACUUUUUUAACGCUUUUGUGUGGAAGUUUGACUGGGCGGAGCGAAGGCGCCGCGUGUGA